CCCGCACACCGCCCAGCCCAAGCCUCCUUCGCUCGGACCCCCGCCCCGCCAUCUCCCUCGGCCAUGCUUGCUGCUGGCGCGGCCGGCAGCCUGGCGCUGGGCUGGCGCGGAGGCCUGUCCGCAGCCAUGAGCGCCAGCUGCCCUGACCCCGGGGCCCCGGCACGGAGCCCCCCGCCAAGAUCCCUGUCCCGGAGCUCCUCCAGCCUGCUGGGUGACGGCCGGGGCCAGAGGCCGGAGCUCCGGAAGAGUGCCAGCAGCACCGUGUGGCAGGCCCAGCGGGGCACCAGCGCGGGUCCCGGGACGCAGGAGGAGGGGCCCCCCGCGGAGAGCGCGGAGCAGGCGCAGGGCCCCGGCCCCGGCCCACAGCCCGCGGUCAUGGGCCACUGGCGGAGCAGCACGGUGGGCAACGUGUCGGCUGUGGAUGGCGGUGACCUGUGUCGCCUGCGGGUCCCCAGCGCGGCUGCUGUGCAGAGGAGCCACUCGGACCUGGCCCGCCCUCAGCCCCGGGGCCACAGCGGGGCUCGGAGGGCCAGCCUCAGCUGCUCCGCCCUCGGCAGCUCGCCGGCCCACAGGGCGCGGGGGCAGCCCGGCGGCGCCUCUGGCCAGGGAGGCCAGGCCCCCGCCAGCCCGGAAGGGGACCUGGCUCCGGAGGACGGGGCGCUGAGCUCGGCCUGGACCCUGGGAGAGAGUCAGGUGUGGGCGUCGCCAGGAGACCCGGGAGGCACACCCAGCCACGGCAGCAGCCCCAAGGCCAAGCCCAAAGCCACCGGGCAGUCAGCCGCCACCUGCCGUGCUCUGCCCCCAGCAGCUCUGCCCUGUGACAUGAGGGAGGAGGGCGCCCGAGGCUCCUGCCACGCUCUGCCCGCCCCGGGGGUCCUGGCCUUUCCCAAACUGGUAGCAUCAGUGAGUGAGUCUGGGCUGCAGGCUCAGCGUGGGCUGAAGGCCCCGUGUGGGUUACCCGGGGGGCAUCCUGGGCCUUCCCACUGCUGUGCCCAUCCCUGGGGCCCCACCGGCUCAGCUGUGGAGCCUGGCGUGAGGACCAAGGACGUGUGGACCAUGACCUCAGCCAGUGACCUGGCCCCAGUGCUGGUGUCCCCUCCGUCAGCCCAGGAUGCGGGCGUGCAGGCGGCCCCCGUGGCGGUGUGCAAGGCCGUGGCCACCAGCCCGCCCCUGGGAGUCCCGCUGGCCCUGCCCCCAUUCCCGGAGGUAGCUCUGGGCUCUGGGCUGGAGGAGGCGCCGUCCCCUGUGCGGGAUGUGCGGUGGGAUGCUGAAGGCAUGACGUGGGAGGUGUACGGGGCUGCACUGGACCCUGAGGUGCUUGGCGUGGCCAUUCAGAAGCACCUGGAGAUGCAGUUUGAGCAGCUGCAGCUGGCACCUGCCAGCGAGGACAGCCUGUCCGCCGAGAGCCGGAGGGGGCCGCUGCGGGCUGUCAUGCAGUCGCUGAGGCGCCCCAGCUGCUGCGGCUGCCCCAGCGCAGCCCCAGAGUGAGGAGCCGUGGCCCCAAGGGCUGCCCCGCCCCUGGACUCAGCGCCCGCCCCCCAGCCCCCAGGGACAGUGGGGGCCCCAGGCCCUCUGGACCCACUGGCAGCUCUGGACACAUCGUGCUGUCAGCUGCCAGCAGACUUGGGACUUCAGCCUGGGGACUUGCUGCUUGCAGCUGGGCUGGUUUUAAGGGCUUAAUUCCCACGGCCACAUCUGCACGCGGGGCCUGAACUUGGCGCAGUUCCAGUGCCGUGUACGAGGGAGGUCCUGACUUUCCUGUAAAAAUCCUCUCCUCCUGUCCAGUCUCUUCCGGACUCUGCUGUGGUUUCCUCCAGCGUCGCUGAGGCUUUCCCCAGAGCAGAGCUGAGACGAGGAAUCCUUGACAUGAAACGGGCCCAGGAGGCUGGUCACUGGGUCUUUAGUGACGGGACCUGAUGCUGCCAAAGGCCUCCUGUGUGCCACACCACUCGGCACUGGCCUUGCCGAGUCUUCACGCACGGACCAAAGCGCAGGCCUAUGGCCGGGCCGUGGCUGAUGUCCCGGGUCAGACGUCAGAAUGGAGGCUGAGGUUCAAAGCAGGGCUGGCUGCGCCUGGGUCUUCUGCAGCUCCCCGGCCAGCCAGCCAGCGAGGCGGCUGCGAGCGAGGCCUGCUCUGUGCCAGGUCUGGGUUCCUUGGGGAACGAGACGGGCUGCGCGUGCUCGCUGUGCUCCCGCGUGGAAGGGGCCACCGGUACCAGGGAGCUGAGCUGUAAGAAAGGCCGCAGGUGUGUCUACGCGUGGCUCGUCUGUCACUGUGUCUGGGGCGGCCUCAGGAAUGGGAAACCGGUGACCCAAAUAUGUCUCAGUCCCCAACUUGCACAUUAUUACCUCAUUCCUUCGGCUUAAGGAUUUAUUUUCAGCUGGUGCAGUUAUCCAACGAAGGGAGGGCAGGGAUGGUGGGUAGAGGAGGGGUCUCCCACUGGUGGGAAAUGGCAGGGGCUGUGAGGCUGUGGGCCUAUUUGCCCCUGAGACAUGGGCCAGGGCCCCUGGGGCCAGGGGAUCGUGGGAGGGGGGGUGGUUCCAGGACACCAGGGCUUGACACAGCAUGACGACUGCCCAAGGAUCUCCCCAGGCCCACGGAGGAUGGAACGGGCUGUGUGCUCGUCCUGGGGCUUAGAGUUGAAAAUCCAAGCUCCCGGGACAGAACCUGCCAGCCCACCUCUGAGGAGCCAGGUGGCGCCCCGGAACACGGCCCUGGAGAGCUCGCUGCCUGAGCUGCAGGAUGGGCCUGGGCCUCACCAGCCAGGCUGCUCAGCCCGGCCACUGGAUGGACCGCAGCUGGAUCUGGAUUUGCCCUGGAGACAGACCACCCGCCUCCCGCCUGCCCCUCCUGGGCAGCCUGGCCGCAGUGCUCAGGCUUCAGGACUGGCCGCCAGCUUGGUUUGCAGGUCUCCGCUCAGACCCCACGUUCUGAUCAGACUUUCUGCUCUGGGAGGUGGUGGAUCUCAUUAUUUGUGCGUUUAUUUUGAAUUUGAAAUAAAGUAUUGGAGGU